AUGAUAGGCCGAUCACCUCGGGUGGGUGAGGCUGCUAGGUUUGUGGUGGUCAGUAAAUUAGCCAAUCAAAUGUGCAAUCUUCAAACUAAGUGCAAAAAAGGGUUUGAAGGAGUCCAAAUCUAUGCAGAGGCAGAACUUGAGGCAUGGCAUUUAGAAUAUCGUAGGAAGGUCAGGUAUGAGGGAUACCAAGGUCUUGAAGAAGGUAGAGUAGCCAUUGGAGCUCGUAAGUCGUGGAGGCUAAAGCUCGUACUCGGCUUCGGAGGAGCUUUUAGAGAUAGUGGCUUGCUUUUUGGACUUCCAUGA